AUGUUCCCAGAGGUGGCACCGACUUGGGGAGAGGCGGAGCAGAUGGCUUCGGAAGAUGGGCAGAGUAAGGUCCACGACACGGGGGGGUCCCGGAGCGAGACGUUGAGCGGGGUGCCUCUUUCCUCAGCGAUCGUCGCCGGGGUGCUGGUCGACCCACCAGGAAGCCCGCUCCCCAGCCAGGCAACCAGCCCACGGGUGGUAGUGGCAGAAAGUUCGAUGGAGCCUGUGAAACUGGCAGAGGAAGGAGCUCGAAAGGGCUUUAAGCGCAGCCUGCCCAAAUUCCUCACCUGGGAGAAAGACAGCCCCUUCAACGUCUACUGGCUCCUUCUGAUCGUGGCGUUCAUCCUGCCCCCUGUCGCCCUCAUUGGAAGUCUCGGAAUUUUCCGCGGGAAGAACCGAAGCGAGUUGAUCGCGGGAAUGGCGAAUGCUGUGUGGCUGGCGCUUGCUUCCCUGAUUCUGAUUGUCGCGUUCGCUGCUUCAUCUUGA